AUGAGGGCAGCUGCCAUGGUCAUUUGCGCAAUCACGAGAACAACAGGAAGGUUGGCACCCGCCGACUGGAUGGGAGCGAAUUUUGAUUUCCUGAAGGAGAAGACGCUUUUGGAGAUCACGCUUCCAGGAUCACACAACAGUGGCAACUACUUCGGCGGCUUGUACGCCGACCGGAUUUGCCAGAGCGACUACCGCUACAAUGAGUACUUGGCUUCUCCCAGCUCACUUGCCUUGCUGUCGAAAGGUGAGCACGUCUUCAGCCAAGCUGAAUUCGAUCGGAGAAUGAUACCGUGGAACAUCAACCACUUCCGGCCAAUCAAAGCUCAGCUUCUGGAAGACGGCGUGCGGAAACAGCAGCACGCGGUGUGUAGCAUGGCAGAGGCCGCUUACCGGUCCAUGGGCAAUCUGAUGAACUUGGCUGACCUCCGUUUCCAGCAUCGUGGAUACACAACAAUUGAGACAGUGGUAUCGUCGACACUGCAAGACAUUUUGCAGUUUCUCGACCAUCACCCGAAGGAGAUUGUUGUGUUGGCCUUCAACAAUUUGCAUAACAAUGUCACCAACAAAUUCAGCGAAGCUGACGUCGAUGCCUUGUCUGCGGCGCUGGAGUUGGAGCUAGGUCAGAAGAUUAUUAGUGCGCCAGACCUAUUCAGCAAAAGCUUGGAACAGCUGCUACGUUUAGGCAAGCGGGUUGCGGUAUUUGUCAAGGGCAGCAGGCCGAAUUUUCGUGGUGUGAUCUCCAGUGAGAUGCACCUCACAGAGAACUGGGGAUCCGCGAUGGACAGUGGAAAUCUCACAGCCGCCAAGGACUGGCUAAUUCAGGACCUUCAAACGGCUGCUUCAGCUGCCAAAGGUCGAUAUUACGUCAUGCAGGCGAAUCCCAACAAUGCAGAGUCCUUGAUGUACGAAGCGAUGAACACGGGCCUUGGGCCACAAUCAAACCUGAGAUUUCUGGAGACAUUUUUGCUGGAGCUUGGAAGCCUCGUCAUCCGUACGACGCGAAAUGAGCCUCAAAUUCGGAUCAAUGUGAUUGACACGGACUUUUUGUCCAUAAGCCAGCCCUACCAAACGUGCAUGCUACUCAUGGGUCUCUCGUCAAGCCUUCCUGAGAACCCUGACACGCUCAGUACAUGGCUGAUCCGCUUGAGCAUGGUCGUUUUUACUGCAGCACUUCUUAUCUGGGCCUGCCGCACAUACCACAAGCCAACUGGAUACCAACGGCAUAGCCCUCGAAAUUAA